AUGAUACGAGCUGACCUCAGCUCAAUGACUAGGUCAACCCUUAACCUACAACUUGUAGACCAGCUAGUUCGAUGUAAUAAACUUCAAUGUGAAUUAGCACGUCUAUAUGAUAUUAUGCAGUUAAAAGCUAUUGAAAAAUUAAUAAACCAAAUCUAUAAUUCUAAUAUUUUACUAUCUAUAUCUUCUGAUUCUGACAAAAAUAAUCUAUCUCAAGAAUCUGAUUUUGAAUAUAAGCAAAUAGGUAAUAAUAAUAUUCAAUGGGAAGAAAUUAUUACAAAUUGGUUAGAGAUUUUAAAAGAUAAACAACUUGAGGAAGAUUUAGAUUUUAAUAAUCUAGAUAAAGUAGAUCAUCCUGUUGCUAGUCAAGAUGUUAAAUAG